AUGAUAAAUCCAAUAGAGGGGAUUAUAGCUUUAGUAGAUGAAUUUAUGUUUGAUAAAAUGGUUUAUGUUCAUUUGUUUUUUAAGAUUGGCAAUUAUUUAACAUUAAUUUAUUGUUUCUAUCCUAAUUUUAACUCUCUAUUAUUUUUUAUUUGUUUGUUUUGUAUUUUAAUAAGUGUUACUUCUUUAAUUAAAAUAACUUCUAUUGGUCCUGGUAUAAUUAAACCACAGCCACAUAUUGAAUAUUCUAAUGAAGUUAUUGCACUGUCUGAUGGUACUGUUAUUUAUAUUGACUUUAAUGAAGCUACUAGAAAUGUUAUCAAAUCAGCUGAUAGAGAAGAUAUUAAUAUAGAAUAUAAUAAUGAUAAAACAUCCAAUCCUAAUUUGGAAACUAAAAUAGAAUGUAAUAAACAAAAAAGUGAGGAAUAUUCUCAGAAUUACUGUUUCACUUGUAAUAUAUUUAGAGCACCAGGUAUGGCACAUUGUGGUAUUUGUAAGGGUUGUAUUUUUGAAAAAGAUCAUCACUGUCCUUCUAUUCUAAAUUGUGUAGGUAGAAAUAACUAUAGAUUUUUCUUAAUGUUUUUAGUUGUAGAUUUUAUUGUUGCUUGCAGUUGUUUAUACAAAUUAACUAAUAAGUAUAAUUUUAAAAAUUUUUUAAAAGAAAACUUUUUUAAACAAUCACUACCACUUUUACAAAUAAUUUAUACUGCGUUUAUGGGGUUAUUAGUUUGUAGAUUUUGUUUCUUAGCUUUAUUUAAUAUUAGAACUAGAGAUUAUAUCAAAAAAGAUAAUCUUGUUAAAUCAUCUAAUCUUAAUAUAAUAUGUAAUCGAUUAUUAACAUUUAAACCUAUUUAUAGAACAAUAAAAUAA